CACAUAUUGAAUGCGCCGCGUUGUAGCAAUCAAAAUCAAUCACGUCGCGUUCCUCAUUGAGGGGUGAGCUCCGCGAGUGAUAGGACCCUAGAUAUCAUUAGUUGAUAAAGUUCAAAAUAAAUGUGUGAUAGUAAUGCAAGAAUGGUACAAGGAACAGUGAUGACGCAUACUCCGAUCAAGUCGUUUAGUAUUAACAGCCUGCUGCCGGAAACAUUAUUGGACGAUGCACCCGCGAGUCCUACUGAUGAGGCGACUCAUCUGAGUGAACCCGAAUCAGACUCCGAUUCGGAUUUGGACGUGACCGGGACACCUCCGCCUUUAGACUGUUCAAAAAACUCAACUGAAGAGAAAGAAGGUGAAGAUGGAAAAGAAUCUACGGAUCCUAAAAAGACCAAUGAUAAACCUCCAUAUAGUUACAAUGCGUUGAUCAUGAUGGCGAUUAGAAAUAGUCCAGAGAAACGUUUGACACUCAACGGGAUCUAUGAAUACAUCAUGAGGAACUUUCCAUACUACAGGGAGAACAAACAAGGCUGGCAGAAUUCAAUCAGACACAAUCUAAGCCUAAACAAAUGUUUUGUCAAAGUACCACGUCAUUAUGAUGACCCUGGUAAGGGUAACUAUUGGAUGUUGGACCCAAGUGCCGAGGAUGUGUUCAUCGGUGGCACGACAGGAAAACUCCGCCGUCGGUCAACAGCAGCGUCUCGUUCACGACUCGCCGCGUUUAAACGAUCCAUGGUUCUCGGAGCCUAUCCCGGCCCCUUUCCUGGAUACAACCCGGCACUAAUGGGGUUGUAUCCUAAUCCCGCACUACUUGCGGCUACAAUGUAUCAGAGAUACAACCCGUAUCUGCCUUCGAUGCUGCCGAAGCCCACGCCUCUUCCGCCGGGCGCCGGUUUUGGUUUGGAGCGUCUCAUCGCACCGCAUCAAGCGGAGGCGGCGGCUGCAGCAUUCAUGCGCCAACCAGCGCCCGCCGCCCCAUUUGAACUGUAUCCCGGUCUGCGACUGCCUGGCCAUCCGCUGCAUCAUCCUCUCCCGCUGCAGCUCUCGCAGGGAUCCUGCUCCAACAGUCCGGAGCCGCGGCGGACGCCGGAAGGUGCCUCGCAGCAGGCGCAAGGACUACUCAAACCAGUGACUGUGAUUAGUAGACAGAGUUAGAGACUAAAACGUGAAAUUGCAUCUGCAAGAAAAGCAAAAGUGUAAAAACAGUGCAAUCAACACUAUAACGAAACAGUCGCCGUCACAACGGUAGUCCGUUAAUCAUCACGUAUACGCCAUCGAUAAGGGUAUAAAUUAAUUGGAGGGACGCAAUUUACGAGCGCUCGGGUAGCAGUUAUUUUAUUAAUUGGUCAGCACUUCACAUUUCACGCUGACCUCGUCGCUACUUUCGUUCUUUUUUUCAUAACUAUAAUUGGAAUCCAAUUAUUUGCCUUUUUUCACCGUUUAAGAAAGGAUACCUACAUCAUACAUCAUAGUGAGAAAUUAUUUACAUUACAUGACGCCAAUUAGUUUAGUUUUACCUGAGCAUUAGCAAAGACCAGCAGCAUAUUAAGGAAAUAGUUUCCGGUUUAACCUGCACACAAAACAAACGUUAUGCUUUUUCUUAAUUAACGAAUUGUGCUGAAAUUAAAAUUAACGUUGGAAAUGCAUAUUUUGCUCUUUUCUUACAUUGUGCAGCUUGAUUUAUGCGAUUAUUGUUGAAGAAACAUGUCAAAAAUUAACCGAAUAGAAACGCACUGAAUACAAAAUGUAAAAUCAUACUAGACCGCACCUUUGUGAACAAUUAAAAAAAAUCUAUUGGUCGUUGUGUGUGUGUAAAAUGCUAUAAUUAGUGGUAUUUGUAAACAAUGUAAAUAUUCUGUACAAAAAACUUAUGCUAAAACUGUAAAAUGAUGAAUGUGUGCGUUUGUGUAUAGAUAGUGUUACUAUAUACCUAUCUACAUACGAAAUUGUUUUUAGUUUUAAUUACUUUUAGUAUUUAUUGCGCAACAAAAUAUGUGUACAUAUAUAUGAUGGAAAUAAAUUUUAUCCUCGUCAACAACAA